AUGAUGUUUCCACCCCCAUGCUUCACAGUGGGAGCUCUUGGGCUUGUUGUUGGACAUCCAAUAGACACAAUUAAGGUUCGUCUACAGACACAGUCUAGGUAUCAUGGAAUUAUAGACUGCAUAGUGAAAACCUAUAAGAAAGAAUCAGUAAGUAUAUUGUGUAGUCCAAUUAAAGAUACAUGGACUAUGCUUUUUGCUGGUGGCUGUGCAGGAACUGUGGGAUGGGCAGCGGCAAACCCGAUGGAUGUUUUGAAGUCUCGCUUGCAGAUGGAUGGGAUGUAUAGUGUCCAAUAUCAGGGAAUAUUUGACUGUAUUUACAAGAGCAUUAAACAAGAAGGGGCUAAGGUGCUGUUAAAAGGACUCACAGUCAAUAGUCUCCGUGCCUUUCCUGUUAAUGCAGUGACUUUCCUCAGCUACGAAAAGCUUCUUCAAAUCUUACGAUGA